UGUAUCUCAUUUCAUGUUCUCCUCCUAUAUAUAUAUUAGUGUCAGUCUCUUCCAGGAAAGGUCCUAUUUGUUUAAAACUUUCAAUCCCCCGCAGCUAUCUCGAAAGUCUUCUCUUCUUCUCUGGCUCUCUGUCUCUCUCUCUUUAAGAAUUGGGAUUUUUUUAGAUGACCAUGGAUCCAAAUUCCAUUGAAAUCUCUGAUUACCUGAACUGUUUCAAAGUUGAAGAUCAUACAUUCCACAAUGGAUUUGAGUUCAAUGUCCCCUCCCCAGAUCUUAACUUUAUGAACAUGAAAGUUCCCAUUAUACCACCUGACUCGGACCCGGGUAUUAAUGUUCCAUCCAUUACUGCAAGUUCAGAUGGUAGCUCAUUUUCAGCUUCCUCGGGGUGGAGUCCAUUGGGGGAGUCUUAUUCACCUCCAAGUGACAAUGACUCCACAGAUCCAGUCCUCAAAUACAUAAGCCAGAUGCUUAUGGAAGAGAACAUGGAGGAUAAGCCCUAUAUGUUUAAUGAUUAUUUGGCUCUCGAAGACACUGAGAAAUCAUUAUAUGAUGCCUUGGUGAGCAAUAUCAUCCAACCAGUCAAAGUGGAGAGUCCUGAUAGUAAUCUUUUUGGUACUAAUGGCCAUUCAGAUGCUAGUAUUAGCUCUCGUAGUGGGACUAGUGAUCAUAUCGAUCCUCGUGGUAUCGGGGAAGGCGGAUGGCCCGAUCCUUCCUUGUUACAAGCUCCUUACUCUUUGCAGCCCGAUUUGCAACAGUCCAGUUCACAGUUUUCUGUUGACUCGGUUAAUAGCUUGAGUAACAUUGGUAAUGGGUUGAUGGAAUCUUCUGUUAGCGAGCUUCUGGUUAAGAACAUCUUCAGUGAUAAGGAAUCUGUGUUGCAGUUCCAGAGAGGGUUUGAGGAAGCCAGUAAGUUCAUCCCUAGUAGUGAACAGCUGGUAAUUGACCUAGAGAGCAGCACGUUUGCUGUGGGGAAAAAGGUAGAUGUUCCAAAAGUUGUAGUCAAGGUGGAGAAGGAUGAGAGGGAGAUUUCGUCCAAUGGGUUGACGGGUAGGAAGAACCAUGAACGGGAUGAUUGGGAAUUGGAAGACGAGAGGAGUAACAAGCAAUCGGCAACUUAUACAGAAGAGAGUGAUUUAUCUGAAGUAUUUGAUAAGGUGUUACUUUGUACUGAAGGGAAAACUAUGUGUGGUAUUGAUCAAACUGUGCGGCAUGGGGAAACCGAUAGCUCGCAGCAUAAAGAACAGUUGGAUGGAUCCAUUGUUGGAAGAAAUCGUUCUAAAAGACGGGGGAAGAAGAAAGAAGUGGUAGAUUUGAGGACUCUUCUGAUUCUCUGUGCACAGGCUGUUUCUGCUGAUGAUCGUAGGACUGCAAGUGAACUGCUAAAGCAGAUUAAAGAGCACUCUUCUCCUCUUGGUGAUGCAAAUCAGAGGUUGGCCUAUAUCUUCGCAGAUGGCCUUGAGGCUCGCUUGGAUGGAAGCGGAGCCCUAAUUCACGUUUUUUAUGCUUCCCUGGCUUCCAAGAUGACAACAGCUGCUGAUAUCUUGAAAGCUUACAAAGCUUACCUUUGUUCUUGUCCGUUUACGAAGCUAGCCAUUCUGUUUGCAAACAAAUCGAUUUACCACAUGGCUGAGAAAGCGAGUGUUCUUCAUAUUGUAGAUUUUGGUAUCCUGUAUGGUUUCCAAUGGCCCAUUCUUAUCCAACAUCUCUCAACAAGACCCGGUGGGCCUCCUAAGCUACGCAUCACUGGAAUAGAGAUUCCCCAACGAGGUUUCCGCCCGGCUGAAAGAAUUGAGGAGACAGGUCGUCGCUUGGCAAAGUAUUGUGAGCGUUUUAAUGUUCCGUUCGAGUACAAUCCUAUAGCAGUCGAACAUUGGGAAACCAUCCAGAUCGAGGACAUCAAGAUAGAUAGCAAUGAGAUGCUUGCCGUGAAUUCUCUUUUCCGGUUUCACAAUCUACUCGAUGAGACUGCCGAUGUGGACUGUCCGAGGAAUGCUAUGUUAAAAUUGAUCAGGAAAAUGAAACCUGAUAUUUUCGUUCACUCCAUAGUUAAUGGAGCUUACAAUGCUCCCUUCUUUGUUACAAGGUUCAAGGAGGUUCUGUUCCAUAUCUCUGCAGUAUUUGAUGUAUUCGAGAACACAUUACCUCGUGAAGAACCGGCAAGGUUGAUGUUCGAGAGGGAGUUUUACGGUCGCGAAGCAAUGAAUGUCAUAGCAUGUGAGGGAUCAGCAAGGGUCCAGAGGCCGGAAACAUACAAGCAAUGGCAGAUUCGUACAUUAAGGGAAGGGUUCAAGCCGCUUCCAUUAGACCAGGAACUGAUGAAGAUAAUUAGGGAUAAGUUGAAGGCAUGGUACCACAAAGAUUUCGUAAUCGAUGAAGACAACCACUGGAUGUUGCAGGGAUGGAAGGGCAGGAUUCUUUAUGGUUCCUCCUGUUGGGUACCUGCAUAGGAGUCUUGCCUGGAAUCUCAUCUCAGCUAGAACCGAGAACCUGACCAAGAUAUUCUUUCUGGAAAGACAAUAAACGUAAUACUCGCAUGCGUUGAUAGACAUUGCAGUAGGAUUAAUGCAGUGUGUUAGGGGUCAGUUCGUUUAUUAUUUUUCAGUAGGCUAGGACAUAAGUAAGGAUCUGACUUUAUUUUCAUCCGUGGGGAGGCAUCUCGGCAUCUUGUCUGUACAUAUUUAUGUUUGUUGUACAGUGUACUGCAUUUGUUCCAAAUAUUAGCCCAUGAAAUUGAAAUUUUGAAGACAAGUUUUUGCAACCUUA